UAAAAAUCACGAUGUUCCUAAAAUGAAAGGAUUCCUCGUUUCACCUUUGUCCAAGAUUCCAUUCAAUUCUUCCAAACCCAAAGGUUCAGGAAUGUCUAGAGAAGUCAUGGCUACUUCAUCAUCUGCUUCUUUUGAUUAUGAGAUUUUGGAUAAAGAUCCUGACAUCCCUAGAACUGCCGUAGUCCCAUCAAAUCGCACAAAUCCAUGGAUUGAACCUGAAACAUUGAAACUUCGGCACCGAAUUGGUCGAGGCCCCUUUGGUGAUGUUUGGCUUGCAACUCUUCAUCAGUCAACUGAAGAUUAUGAUGAGUACCAUGAAGUUGCUGCUAAGAUGUUACAUCCAACCAGAGAGGAUCAUGUGAAGAUUGUACUGGAGAAAUUCAAUGAAUUAUACUUGAAGUGCCAAGGAAUUUCUAAUGUUUGCAAGAUACAUGGAAUUUCAAUAUUAAACGGAAGGAUCUGCAUCAUUAUGAAUUUGUACGAGGGUUCAAUUGGGGACAAGAUGGCUAGGCUAAGAGAAGGAUGGAUUUCAUUACAUGAUAUUUUGAGGUAUGGGAUCGAUCUGGCUCAAGGUAUUCUAGAGCUUCACUCUAAAGGGAUCCUUGUUCUCAACCUUAAACCAUGUAAUGUUCUUCUCAAUGACAACGAUCAAGCGAUUUUGGGAGAUGUUGGUAUUCCCAAUCUCUUGCUUGGCUCCUCAUUCCUUAGCUCAGAUAUCGCUCAGAGGCUUGGAACUCCUAAUUACAUGGCUCCAGAACAAUGGAAACCAGAGGUCAGAGGCCCUAUAUCGUUUGAAACGGAUUCAUGGGGAUUUGGGUGCACCAUUAUUGAAAUGUUGACUGGUAAUCAACCUUGGUAUGGACAUCCUGUUGGUGAAAUAUACAGAUCGGUUGUUGAAAAGUAUGAAAAGCCCAAUAUCCCAAGCGGCCUUCCUUCUCCCGUUGAGAAUAUCCUUAGUGGAUGUUUUGAGUACGAUUUGAGGAACCGCCCUUUGAUGAUAGAUAUUCUACGUGUCUUUAAAAGUUCACUGAAUGAACUGGCCAAUGAUGGAGGGUGGAGAUAUCAAGGAAAUAUGAAACCAAUAACAAAAUCAGGCAGCACUGACUUCACCGAGUGGUUCCUCUCAAAGGAUCAUCUGCAGGUGGGUGACAUGGUCCGAUCCAGAAAACCUCCCAACUCAUGCCAAGCUCAAAACAUGGAUGUCCCAGAAGGAACCGUUGUUGGCCUUGAACGUACUGCAGAUCAUGGAUUUGUUCUUGUGCGGAUCCACGGCAUUCACGACCCUAUAAGAAUUCACGUGUCAACUCUUGAACGUGUCACAAAUGGCUUGGCAGCUGGUGACUGGGUACGUGCGAGGGUUGAAAAUGACAGACACUUGCCAGUAGGCAUUCUACAUUCCAUCAAUCGCGACGGCGGUAGAGCUGAUGUUGGAUUUAUCGGGCUGCAAACUCUCUGGAAUGGAAACUCUUCGGAACUCGAAAUGGCAAAAUCAUUCUGUGUUGGCCAGUUUGUUAAGCCGAAAGAGAAUGUUUUAAGCCCUAAAUUCGAAUGGCGUCGUAAAAGGGGGGGUAGUUUUGCUACUGGUAGGAUUUCAUGGAUCCUACCAAAUGGUUGUUUGGUUGUCAAGUUUCCAGGGAUGGUGAAUUUCGGGAAUGAAUCAAACACCUUGGCUGAUCCAUCUGAGGUUGAAGUGGUUGAUUUUAAGACAUGUCCUGGAAUUGUAGAAAAGUAUCAACAUAUUGAGGAUCAUCAUUGGGCAGUUAGACCUGUUUUAAUUGUACUUGGACUAUUUACAGCUUUGAAACUAGGCAUAAUAGUAGGAAACAAAGUGAGGAGGAGCAAAAAGGUCAAUGCAAUAGAAAGCAAAAAUCAACAUGUUGAAGGUCAAAACCCCAAUAGUCCUACAAGAAAUGGCAACCCAACAUGGGUUCCUUCAGUUGCUAAUAUCCUUUUCAAAGAUGGUGCUUAAGACUCCCUCUGGCAUGUUUGGAUUGAUGAUAUAUGGUAGAAUGAAAUAAAAUGAAGUUACAUCUAUUUUUUAAAAUUUAACAAGCAUAUUUCACUCGAUUCCAUUGAAUACCACCAAUCCAAACAGUAUUUCUAUCUCAAUAGAGUUAAGUGACUAAUGCAUACAUCUUCAUAGCAUUAUCUAGUCUUUGAACUAGUGAAGCAAUUCCAUCAGCUCUACUGUCAUACUAGUUUGAAAUUGAACAACAUUAGUUCAAAAUGGUAAUUAUACAUAAAUGGUGUAAGUUCUGACUUUGAAUGAAGAAGUUGUACAUAGUUCUGUAUAUAUAGUUUCAUUAUAUGCUUUGCAAUGC